GGUUGCAGAAUUAUAAAUUGUAGUUGUUUCAUGUUUGCCAGAAACACUUGCAUUAUUUUUCUUUCUUUCUUUCUCUCCCUCCCUCCUUGAAUCACAAACGCGUUUCAUAAAAUUAAAUUUUGAGUUCAAAAUUGUGUUCCUUUGGAAAAAAAAGAAGUUACAGGGAGAAAUAAUCUGUAUUCCAUUUGCAUUUUCUUUUUUUCUUUUUUUUUGGAGAUCAAGUUUCUUUCUUUUUUUCCCCCACAAAAUUUAGCAGUUUUCUUGGAAUAAUACAGUGAAGUUUGUACUGACUGCAUAAAAAUGGAUGCUGGGGAUAUUUAUAAAGCUAGUAGUAGCUUAAGAGUGGGAAGUUUGAGAGCAAACAGUUCAUCAAUAUGGAGAAAUACUGGAAUCGAAGUUUUUUCGCGUUCUUCGCGGGAAGAAGAUGAUGAAGAAGCUCUUAAAUGGGCUGCUCUUGAAAAACUUCCCACCUUCGAUCGUUUAAGAAAAGGGCUUAUUUUCGGAUCAAAGGGUGCAAAUGAAGUUGAUAUUCAAAAUCUUGGAUUUCAAGAUAAAAGAAAUUUGGUGGAUAGGCUGGUUAAUGUUGUGGAUGAAGACAAUGAGAAGUUCUUGCUGAAACUCAGAAAUAGAAUUGAUAGAGUUGGAAUUGAUUUGCCAACAAUUGAAGUCCGGUUUGAGAAUUUGAAUAUCGAAGCAGAAGCUUAUGUGGGAGGCAGGGCUUUGCCUACCUUUGUUAACUUCAAUAUUAAUAUGAUAGAGUCCAUUUUGAACACUCUCCACAUCGGACGUAGUAAAAAGAGAACUCUCCCUAUCCUCAAGGAUGCCAGUGGUAUCAUCAAACCCUGCAGAAUGACUUUGCUUUUGGGCCCUCCGAGUUCCGGGAAGACAACCCUUAUGUUGGCUUUGGCUGGAAAGCUUGAUCCUGCUUUGAAGGUUUCUGGGAGGGUUACCUAUAAUGGACAAGGAAUGGAAGAGUUCGUACCUCAAAGAACUGCUGCAUACAUUAGUCAACACGAUCUUCAUAUUGGAGAAAUGACGGUCAGAGAAACCAUGGCUUUCUCUGCAAGAUGCCAAGGGGUCGGAUCCCGAUAUGAGAUGUUAGCAGAGUUGUCAAGAAGAGAGAAAGCAGCAAAUAUUAAGCCUGAUCCUGAUAUCGAUAUAUACAUGAAGGUAAAUAUAUGUUUAAACUUCUCAUCGACUUGAUGAUAUUAGCAUGGUCGUGUUAUUGAUGUUCAAACUAAAACUCAAAAAAAUAGUGUUAAUUCUGUAUUUCACAGUGGCUCAUCACACAAAUACAAUAACAUUUAGAUAAUCAAAAACACACUUUAUAUGGCAUUAUUUGGUUCUAAACUCAUAGAAUUCAUUGGGAGACAAUGGAAGUUCAAAGGAAAACUAGUAAAAAUCUUGAACCGGAGUUUUAUAGUUUUUGAAUACGAGUAAAUUUGGAGUAAAUUCUAAUCUUUUAUUCCUUCUUUCUUUGUCGAAAACAUAUCUAUUAGAAUAUCCAUGAU